UAUAAAAACCCACGCAGAGGCAGAGCAGAGCAGAGCAUCGCACACACGCACGCUCGGAGUCAAAGAUAAGCUAGAUAAAUAGUCCAGAGUUCACACAUCAUGCGCGCUCCGGCGAACCUCCUGCACCGCGCGGCCCUCGCGAACAGUGGCCCGGGCGAGCCAUCGUCGUCGCCGGUGAGUAUGAAGGCACCUGAGCAGCAGCAGCAGACGGCGCCUCCGAUGGCGGUCAACUCGGACAUGGUGCUCAUCCUAGCGUCGUUGCUAUGUGCGCUCGUCUGCGUCCUCGGCCUCGCCCUCAUCUCCCGGUGCACGUGCCGACGCCGCCGCUCGGCCUCAUCAUUCGAUGACGCUCCUCCUCCCCCGAAGGGCCUCAAGAAGAAAGUUAUCCACGCGCUCCCCACCGUCUCCUUCGUCGCCAACGGGCCUUCUCCGACGCCGGCGACAGGCUCGUCGUCAGAAUGUGCGAUCUGCCUGGCGGAGUACAUGGAGGGGGAGGCCCUGCGCGUGCUGCCACGGUGCGGCCACGGCUUCCAUGUCGCAUGCGUCGACGCCUGGCUCCGGACCUGUGCCACGUGCCCCUCCUGUCGUGCCCCCAUCGUUGCCACGCCCGCGGGGCCGGCGUCGACAACCACGGUGGUCGUCGUGGCGGCGGCAAACAACAGGUGCGGGAGGUGCGGCGAGCUGGCGGCGCCGACCGGUGGUGACGAUGACACGUUUUUACCUUAGUUUGAAAUUAAUCAGGUUUGUAGUAUUGUUCUCUCUCUCUCUCUCUCUCUGCUUUUUAGCUAGGUCGUGUUGUACAUUCAAUUUGUCUUCACAAGUUGAUUUUGUAAAGUAAAACUUAUGUGUUCCUUAAGAUUUGCCAUUUAAUUA